GGGGUUGAAAAGAGGGUGGCAGACCUGCAGAACGUGAGACAGACAGAGAGCAGCAGCAGAGACAAACACAACACUUACUGACUGGGACUUUGAUACACAACACUCACACAUAGAGAAACAAACGGGUAACAAACCUGAAACUUCACUCAUUCACCUCUGCAUACAUUCCUCUCUCAAACACACACCCAGGCGGCGGCAGCAGCAUGUUUCAGUGGAGGCUCCCCCAGGCAGUGUGCGUGCUGUCAGUGUGUGCGUGCCUCGCUCUCGCCUAUGAGGAUGAUAUCGAGGUCAACUACGCUGACACCUACUACAAUGAAAUCACAGAGGGAGAAACGCCAGAACCCACACCAAGUUCAGCCCCCUGCAGUUCUCCGGACCUGACAAAAUGGGACAAAAUGUUCUCGAUGUUGGAGAACAGUCAGAUGAGAGAGAACAUGCUGCUUCAGUACGCAGAUGAUAUCAUAAAGGUGGAGAUGGGAUCGCUGCGCAGUGAAAUGUUAAGGUUUGUGGCCCAGUAUGGAGGCUCCUGUGGCACUGCGGUGGAAACAGCAGGAAGAAGAAUGGCCUUGCAGCUGGAGGGUCGUCUCAGAGACACUCUGGAGCGCUUCAAGGUUGGAGAUCGUACGUCUGCUGCCGGGAAUUCUGUCGGGAGUUCCAACCACCUGGAGGCGAUGCUACAGCAGCUCCUCUCCACAGCACGAACACAAGUGUCCCGACUUGCCAAGCUGGAGACCAGCUGCCUCAGCAGCACAGGAGCUGGGAUGGGGACGAAUACCAAGACAGGAUUUCAGCUUCCAGGCGGUGGAAGGGCUGGGCUCAGGGAGCAAGAGGUCACAACACGAGAAGCCGCUUUAGACAGUGUGCUGGCAGCGCUGCAGGAGAUGAAGGGGGAGCUGGGGGAGGUGGUGAGGUCAUCGAGGCAAAGACACCUGCCUGCAGGUUGUGAGAUGGCCCUCCUCUUCCCCAUGCGUUCCCGUCGAAUCUACACCUCCGUCAUACCAGAUGUUCCCCUCUCCCUGUCCUCUUUCACUGUCUGCAUGUGGGUGAAGCCAACCACCGUGUCUAACAAAACCGUGCUGUUCUCUUAUGGAAACCGCCACAACCCAUAUGAAAUCCAGCUGCUGCUUGCCCAAACCUCUGCCCUCUUCACCAUUGGAGGAGAGGCUCACUUGGUGGAGGCGCGAGGUGUGGUCAACCCAGGACAGUGGAUCCACUUGUGCGGGGCUUGGUCCUCCAAGCAGGGCCUGGCGUCCCUGUGGGCAGGCGGUAAAAAGGUGGCCUCCACACCCGGAGUGGCCGAGGGACACGUCUUACCUGAGGGAGGCUCACUCCAGCUGGGGCAGGAGAGAAACGGCUGCUGCCCCACGUCUUCAAGUAGCGGCGUGGCAGGGUUUGAAGGAGGGUUCGAUCCUAAGCUGGCGUUCGCUGGAAAGAUGACUGGGGUGAACAUGUGGGACAGGGUGCUGUCAGAGGAGGACAUUUCCCAGCUGGCUUUGCAGGAAGGCCAGGGCUGCCAGCAGAUGGGGAGCGCGGUGGCGUGGGGUGUGACGGAGAUGGUGCCACAUGGAGGCGCUCAGUUCAUCAACUGAUUCAUCAUCAUCAUUAUCAUCGUCAUAGAGGAAAUCGCCAUCAGCAUCAUCAUAAUCGUCAACGUCAUGAAAAUCCGCAACAGAUUUAAUCCUAACACUGAGGAGAUGUGCAACUGCUUUUAUCAUCUUUGCUCCUCUAAUAGAUACAGUUUUAAAAUAAUUUGGUAUUAUAAAGACUUUCCUGCUCAUCUCCAUUGUCAUCAUGAAUGCUAAUGCUGCAAUGAACUCUACUGGACAUGCUCAAAUGAGAGAAAGCCAAUUGCUGUGAGAGACUGAAGUUUAUUUUUGUAACCUAACCUUUUGAACUGAGGCUGUAACACACACAUUCACACUCGCACUGACGGACAUCAGCUUAGAAAACUUGUAACGUAGCAGAAAACGUGAUGCAAGCAGCAUUUACCAAAGACUUAAUUAGAGUACAAGAGAGACAAAGACUCUAUUGUCAAAGUGAACGGGUUCUGAGCCAGUAAACAGAGUAAUCACCAGACAGCCAUGGAGGAGAGGUAAAUAAGAGGUCAUGGACAACUACAAGAGAUUAUCAUGUAAUUGUAGAUUCUUGGCAAUUGCAGUUAUUUAAAAUAUCAAUGCAAAAUCUGUUUCCCCUUUGAAUUUUACCAUAUAAAUAUAGUUAGUUGCUCUGCUACCAUUGCAGUCUUGUAGGAACAAUCAUUAGCAAUGUCAUCAUUCAACAUUACAACUGAAGGCAUCACACUAAUGUGUUUAUGAUGUAUUUUAAUGUCAUGUGCAGAACAACAUAUGAUGUGUGGAAUUCUUACGUGACUGAAAACUGCUGUACUUGCUUUCAUUUUAAGCAUGGCCAACUAGCAACUCUAGAAAAGAUUUUAGCAACUUAUUAUUUUAUUGUUAUCUUCUUGAAUUUGUGAAAGCUUUUAAAGCGUUUUUUUUAAAAGAUCUUACAUUUCUAAACUUGUACUCAUCAUAGUGUUUACAUUCGUAUGAGUUAUAUAAUUCCAAGUCUGUGUUGUUAGGUUUUUUUUGUCAGUAGUUUUCAUUUAUUUCUAGGGUAAUGUUUGUGUGUAUUCAUUUUUGAUACUGCAUAAAGUAAUAAGAGUGUUAUAUUUGUCAUGUGAGAUUGACAUUGUUGAAUUUGAUACAAGAAAGUGAGGACAAUGUUUACACAAUCUAAUCUUUUAUGGACUAAGUUGUCAUGUAUUAUAAUGUAAAUUACUUGUGUUCUUGUGAAAAGGUGAAAUUGAAUGUAUUUUGUACAUAAAUUUAUUUUGCAUAACAUGACUGGAUGAAUGGAGAGUGAGGUAUGAAUAAAAAUGUCAAGUUAUAGUAACCACAUUGCUGGAUAA